AUGGCUAACCCAAAGAAUCCAGAUGUAGAAGCAUUGGUUCAACCCAAAUAUGAUAGGAAAGAUGCUCAUGUCAAAUUACUUGAUGAUCUUGUUAAUGUGAAUUCACUAUUCACCUUAGCUGUGUUCGUUGGCUUAUCUCAGGCUUCACCAGGCAUCCGCAGCCUGGAGAAUCGUCAUGAGUGUGACGCUGGUCCUGGGGUAGCCAAAAUGCUGGUCCUCUACGAGGUUGUGGCCUUUGCUUGCUUUCUUUUGUCGAGUCUUGUGGCGAAAGUGCUUAAACUAAUUCUUAGUUUGGAUGGUAAGAAAAUCAGUAUUAUUCGACAGGGAUUUGAUGUGAAAGAUGCUUUGUUGCUCCUAACUGCAUUUUCCUCUGUUACUGGGAUUAUAUUGCUUACUCUUUCGGUUGUGAAUGUGGUUCAGAUUAGAAUUGGUCUGUAUUCUUGUGGAAGUGCUGAGGCAAGGAAGGCCAUUUGGGCUCUGUGUACAAUUGUUGCCAUUGCUUUAGUAAUCUAUGUUGUGUCCAUCAUUGUAGGUAUUUAUGCUUCUAUCAGUGGCGAUGCUGAUCCUGCUUUAGUUUCUGCUCAGGGUAACACGUCGAACCAAGACAAUAACAGUAGUGCUGACACUCUCCGUCUUACUGAUCAGAAGCAGAAUGGUAUCUAG